AUGCAACAUGACUUGCUUGGUACUGGCCACCGCACCUAUGAGGCAGUUAAAUUUACACUGUAUUUGAAGCAGGCCACGACAAGCCAAGAGGUUGCUAGCCUUCAAGAAACUAGAGACGAGCAGAAGGCUCAAAAUAAUGGAGAGACUGCAAAAUCUGCUGAUGACAGAGAAACUACUGCAGGGCUAGGUAGCGGUAGUGUUCAACCAGAGGCCAACAAGAAUGAACAACAUCCGAAGGAAAAGAUGUGGCUACAGCCAGAACCUGUGUCGGAGGAUGUUAAGUGGGAAUUGAAGGAAGAAGAAAGCUCAUUUUUUCUACUUAUUCAUCUUCUUAAUUUCCAGGAGGACCAAGUGAAGAUUAUUCCCUUGUCUUCAUCCCAUGCCAUUCAAGUUCAUGCAGAGCGAUCACUUGUUAGUAAUAGAAGGAGAAGGUUCAAUCGAGAUUUUCAUGUUCCAGAAAAUCGUGUUGUGAAUAAAAUGCAGGCUAGGUUCCAAGUUGGAGUUUUCAUCAUUGAAGUUCCAAAAGCAACCACCAGACAACCUUGCCCUGAAGCUACCGAGACAAGGCUCCAAUCCCUCCAAACUUAGCUGCCUCUUCAAGCGUUGGUGGAGAAAAAGGUAAGCCAGAUUCACAGGAGGGUAUAGAAGAAGCUGCAAGCAGGGAGCCUUCAAGGGUCCGGAGCGUCAUAAUAGUGAAAAGGCCAAACCACCGAAUGAAGUUGGACCCUUGAAGUAAUCGAUGAGGAAUCAGAAGUGAGAUUCUGAAGCUCCAAGCCCUCUAAAAGACACAAGCAAACCAAUAGCUCAAAAGGGUGAAGACGAAGCUCUUCGAUUCAAAAAGCUACUUCUUCAUUGGAAAUACAUAAUAAGGAAUAUAUAUUAUCCUAAUAAAGCAAGGGAUGUGGAGAAAUUAUCGCUGUUAAGAUUAAAAAUAAUAAUAAUCUUUAUUCACGUGUUUUCA